AAGACGUAAACUUUCAAUUUUGCCCAAUUUUCUUCUUCUCCUCUAGUGCGCAUGGAAAAAGGAAACCCAAAACACAGACCCCUCAACUUAUAUACAUACAAAUUUUAUAUACAUAUAUAUGUCAUGUUAAGUCUGUAAUUAUUCUAUUUUUAUAUUCUAUUAUGGUCGAUUACAGACAUAACGGUCCUGAGUAUUCCAAGGCUCUAAGCAACCGAAAGAUUAGUUCUAUGAAAGACCAAGUUCGCUGACAUGUUCUUUUCUGUUGCUUGUAAUCCCACCUGACCUGAAAAAAUUCCCCCCAAUUAGGUCGGAUUUCUCCCUCACUGAAUCGUUUCCCAUGCACAAGUUUUUGGUUUCAGGCCUUUCUCUCCUUCUCUUUUACCGCUUACCUGUCUCUGUUUUUCCUUUGGAAAAUUUCAACGUGGGAAUCGAAGUGCCUAUGGACUAGUCUCUUCUUUCGUUUUUUGCUUCAGAAUGAAAUAAAGACACUGAUGGAUUUAAUUGAUGGGUGGCCCAAUAUUCAAGUUUGUAUUCUGUACACAGUUUGAUUUUGUAAACAUGGCUUCUACUAAUGCCUCUUUUCGUACAAAGAUGUCCCUCUUUUCUUCCUCUUUUUGGGUCUCUGUUUCCUCUCUUCUACUCAUUCUAUUCAGGUUCUUCACCAAAUUUUUUUACAGAUACAUUAAAAACGAUUCAUCACAGAUGAACAGUUCUUGUAAAGCUGACCGAAUUGGUUCGAGUCUCAUUGAGCCAGAAGAUUUGAUUGAGCAGCUAAGCCCUGAGGUUUCGGAAGAUGAAGGUUUGGAGGGCAAAGAUGAUUCGUCAAAAGACUCAAAACACCAUUUUGGUUUCAUAUUUAAGUUUCCGACUUAUGAAGAAUUCAGUAAAAGCCAUGCAGGGAAUGGUGAUUUUGCGAGCUCUUCUUCCCCACCAAGCAAGAGUGAGAACCAGUUUUGUUCUGGGGAUAGUAAGCUUAGCUGUUAUUCCAAGGAGGAACCAGAAGUCAAAGUUUUUAGCAAUAAAUAUGAUUUUCUUUCUGGGAAAAACGUUAGCUUUUUCGUUGAGGAAGCUCAAGUUUCAAACUUUUCUGUCAAGGAGUUAUUUGCAGACCCUAAUGGAGAUUCUUCGUUGAAACUUGGGGAGGCUAUCCAUUCCGGGUUCUUGUCCCAAAACGAUUUCGGGAAGCAACUACUGGAAUCAGAGGAAAACGAAGAGGAGCUUAAUGCCAUUAAAGAAGAUUCUAAUUCUGGGAAAGUCCAUUCAGAGAAUGACAUAAACAACUUUCCAGAAGCAGAAUAUAUUAAUGAGGAGGGAGAUAAGUUUCUGUCAGAAAGUAACUAUAUGGGUUCAGAUUCUGACUCGGAGUCCAUUACGUCCAGCCUUGAAUUCUCAUUUAUGAGUCAAUUUAUUGAUUCAACCAGUGACAGUUUUCUCUCGGAUAUGGAUUUUGAAAUCGAAGGUGGGAACUUGGAGUCAAAGAAAGGCGAGUUAGAUUUCGAUGAUGAUGAUGAUGAUGAUGACGACGAAGACAUUCUCGGAGAGCUUCGGAAGUUAGUGGAGUCUGAAAAGUUUUCCGGGAAAGACUUUUGUUGCAGUAACGAGUCCCAAACGGAGGAAUCGGAAGCCAAACAGGGGAAUGGUGAAGACGAUUCUGAAAAACCCAAUGAAGAAAAUGCUUCGGUUAACGACAGUGACGACUCGAAUGGAUUGGAAUCGUUAUGGGAACAUCAAGAAUUGGUUGAGCAGCUGAAAAUGGAGCUUAGAAAAGUGAGAGCCACGGGACUGCCCACCAUUCUUGAAGAAUCUGAGUCACCAAAGAUAACAGAGGAUUUGAAGCCUUGGAAGAUUGAUGAGAAGUUUCACCAUGGAGAUAAAUUGAACGAGCUUCACAAGUUCUAUAAGAGCUACAGAGAACGUAUGAGAAAACUCGACAUUCUUAAUUACCAGAAGAUGUACGCGUUAGGCUUUCUUCAAUCAAAGGACCCACUUCACUCGUUGUGGAGCCCCAAGUCCUCAACUUUCUGGAGACACAAAAGAAAAAAGCCUCAUUCCGACCAAAUGGUGAAGUUCAUGCGAGAAUUGCAGACUGAUUUGGAAAUGGUAUACGUUGGACAGUUGUGUCUUUCUUGGGAAUUCCUUCAAUGGCAAUACGAAAAGGCUUUCGAGAUUUGGGAAGCUGACCCUUAUGUAUGGCGCCAAUACAACGAAGUUGCCGGUGAAUUUCAACAGUUUCAGGUUCUCUUGCAUAGGUUUAUAGAGAAUGAGCCUUUUCAAGGUCCAAGGAUGGAGAAUUAUGUCAAGAAUCGGUGUGUAAUGAAAAAUCUUCUACAAGUACCGGUCAUAAGAGAAGACUCAAAAGAAAGAAAAAGAGCAAGAAGAAAAGGAAAAGAUAGUGAUGCAAUUACAAGUGACAUGAUAUUAGAGAUUUUGGAAGAGUCAAUAAGAACCAUCUGGAGAUUCAUAAGGGCUGAUAAGUAUGCUCAGAAUUUAGCUCCAAAGCAUCGUAGAGGAGUAGUAGAAGUAGAGCUUCAAGACCCUGCAGAUUCUGAUCUUUUAGUAACUGUUCAAACAGAGCUCCAAAAGAAAGAGAAGAAACUUAAAGAGCUGUUGAGGAGUGGACAUUGCAUACUAAGGAAAUUCCAAAAGCACCAAGAUGAUGGCUCAGAUCACCUUUACUUCUUUUCUCAAGUAGAUAUGAGAUUAGUGUGUAGAGUUCUAAACAUGUCAAGGAUAACGACAGAUCAACUUGUUUGGUGUCACAAUAAGCUAAGCAAGAUCAAUUUUGUUAAGAGAAAAAUACAUGUAGAACCUUCAUUUUUGUUAUUUCCUUGCUGAUGUUAAUAAAGGUUUAAUUUUUAGAUCA